CAGUCAGCCGCGGGGGGCCCGCCCAUCAGCCAGUUCCGGGGAGGUUGCUCCCGUCGACCCGAACUCCCCGCCCCCUCCGCGGCUGGGGGGUGGGGGGGGUGGGCCCGUCGGAGGCCCGGGGGCCGCGUUGGGGGCUCUGGAGGACGGAGACCCCGGAGGCGGGACGCGGGGGGCCGCCCGCGCGGGGUGGGGGUCGGCCACCAAGCCAGUCCCCCUGGGCUCGGGCGGAGCGUCAGCUCCUGAUCCUCAGAACAUCCCGGGGAGCUCCACGAGGUCUCAUCUCCUGGGCCAUGAGUGAGCUGAAGGACUGCCCAUUGCAGUUCCACGACUUCAAGUCUGUGGACCACCUGAAGGUCUGUCCCCGCUACACAGCGGUGCUAGCCCGCUCGGAGGACGAUGGCAUUGGGAUCGAGGAGCUGGACACUCUGCAGCUGGAGCUCGAGACGCUGCUGUCUUCUGCAAGCCGCCGCCUGCGGGUGCUGGAGGCCGAAACCCAGAUCCUCACUGACUGGCAGGAUAAGAAAGGUGACCGCCGAUUUCUGAAGCUGGGUCGAGACCAUGAGCUUGGAGCUCCCCCCAAACAUGGGAAGCCCAAGAAGCAGAAACUGGAAGGGAAGGGACACGGGCCAGGCCCCGGCCCCGGCCGACCCAAAUCCAAAAACCUCCAGCCCAAGAUCCAGGAAUAUGAAUUCACUGACGACCCAAUUGAUGUGCCACGGAUCCCAAAGAACGAUGCCCCCAACAGGUUCUGGGCUUCUGUGGAGCCUUACUGUGCCGACAUCACCAGUGAGGAGGUGCGCACGCUAGAGGAGCUUCUGAAGCCCCCCGAGGAUGAGGCAGAGCAUUACAAGAUCCCGCCCCUAGGAAAGCAUUACUCCCAGCGCUGGGCCCAGGAGGACCUGCUGGAGGAGCAGAAGGACGGGGCGCGGGCGGCCGCGGUGGCUGACAAGAAGAAAGGCCUCAUGGGGCCUCUGACCGAGCUGGACACUAAAGAUGUGGACGCCCUGCUGAAGAAGUCGGAGGCCCAGCACGAGCAGCCGGAAGACGGGUGCCCCUUUGGCGCCCUGACGCAGCGCCUCCUGCAGGCCCUGGUGGAGGAGAAUAUUAUUUCCCCUAUGGAGGACUCCCCCAUUCCGGACAUGUCUGGGAAAGAAUCAGGGGCCGACGGGGCCAGCACCUCCCCUCGCAAUCAGAACAAGCCCUUCAGCGUGCCCCACACCAAGUCCCUGGAGAGCCGCAUCAAGGAGGAGCUGAUCGCGCAGGGCCUGCUGGAGUCUGAGGACCGGCCGGCCGAGGACUCGGAGGACGAGGUCCUGGCGGAGCUGCGCAAGCGGCAGGCCGAGCUGAAGGCGCUCAGCGCGCACAACCGCACCAAGAAGCACGACCUGCUGAGGCUGGCGAAGGAGGAGGUGAGCCGGCAGGAGCUGCGGCAGCGGGUCCGCAUGGCGGACAAUGAGGUCAUGGACGCCUUUCGCAAGAUCAUGGCUGCCCGGCAGAAGAAGCGGACCCCGACCAAGAAGGAGAAGGACCAGGCCUGGAAGACCCUGAAGGAGCGGGAGAGCAUUCUGAAGCUGCUGGAUGGGUAGCCCUCGGCCCGCCCGGCUGCCUUCCCCGGCAGGGCGCGGGGAGGGGGGAACCCCACUUCCUGCUUUGGGGGCCGGAAGCCUUGGACCGCUGCCCAUCCAAUGGUGCCGGUCUCCCGAGGGCUGAGCCCUCCGCUGCGUUCUUCCGGCCUCGCCCUGUGCAGCCCGGACACGAGGAGCCCCGUGGGGCCGGCCUGGGCCCCGAGAUGGGGCGAGAGGGGCUUCGUUCCUGGGUCCUCUUCAUCCCCCCCCACACCCCCCUCCGCCCCUCACCCCUCUCUGUUCCCCUCAAACACUUCUCCCUUGUGGUUUUGUAAAGUGCAAACUCAAGAAUAAAGUGACUGCUGUGGUUUUUCACAA